AUGAUGAUCCUGGGACACCGGACUCAUGGCCAACCAGUAACUGGUUGGACUGAUAGCAGCACAAGUGGGCUAGAGAAUGAGUGUCUAAUGCAAUUUGGUACUGCACUUAGACCGAACGACCAUAAAGGAAGCGGGAUCAAGUUGACGUGGUUCCGUAGCCUAAAGCGACGCCUACCUUUGACUGAUUGGGUUAGUAAGAAAAUGUAUGUGAAAUGCCACAUAAUGUUACUAUUUGGAACGAUAUUAUUCUGUGACAAGUCCAGAGCCACCGUGCACUUGAAGUUUUUGCUAUUACUUCGACAAUUUUCUAACAUUAAGAAGUUCAGUUGGGGUUCCGCAUGCCUUGCACAUAUGUACAGAUCAUUGUGUCAGGCAUCACGAUAUGAGUGUAAGGACAUGGAUGAUCCUCUUGUGUUGUUCCAUGUGUGGGCAUGGAUACGUAUGCCGUCAAUAAGGCCUCUACCGUGGAAUAAUUAUCAACUGAGCGAAGACCAAUACAGACAUUGGACAACUGCUUACAUGAGGGGAAGGUUGGAUGAUCUUCUCCCAGAUGGGUUUCUAUGGGAUGCAUACAACUCAGACUGA